AAUAUUUCAAAUAUUUGAUACUUUGUUUUUUGUUGUUCACUAAAAUUAUACAGUUAUGAAAAUUCAUGUUAUAAUAGUUUGUGUUUUAGUAUUGAUUGGCUAUAGUUAUUGUCAACAAAAUAAUGCUAACGGCGCCGGUAGUGGUGGUGGAGGCGUUAAUUUGACACAAAAUAUGAAAUGUAACAAAAAGACUUACAAAGAGAUGGACGGUUUGAUUGCACGGAUGUUAACAUUUGGCAAUUCUGGCCGCAAGUUUCCCGAAUCGGCCACUCAUGUGUCCAAAUAUUGCGAUGAUACAAAGACAGCAAUCAGUAAAAUAGAAAAAUUAAAUAAAAACUGUAUGAAAGGUUUGGUCAAACAAGUGCUUUCGGUCACUACUUAUUCAGCAAAGAAAACAUUUGGACAGUUGUGUCGCCAAAAGUCUGGACCAUCGAAGCGAAUGCAAGAGAUGUUAGAAGCGGCCAAAUGUUUGAAUAAAGCCAGCGAUGAAAUCCAGAGAUGUUAUAACAUCACUAUUGAUCACUUCUUUAGUCUGAAAUCAGUCGACGAUAAGGUUAAGAUACCGAUGGCCUGUUGUGCAUAUCAUAAGAAAAAUCAUUGUAUGUCCAAACUAUCGGAUAAAGUAAAUACUUGUAGUGAAAAACAAGUGGAUAUAGCCAUACGUUUUAUUGAAUCCAUAUCCGGAUCGUCACUAAAUCUGGUUUGUGCUGAAUAUAAUGACAGUUCCGACAAAUGCGAUCAAUUCAACAAUUUUAAGACAAAAUCGGAACCAAAACUCAGAACAAAAUCAUUUUUUCUGCCACUCAUUGAACUGUUUGACAGUUUCGAUGAAGUCUAAAGUUUUUGUUUUUAUUUGUUUAAUUAAACAUUAAAUUUAUCAUUUGAUUACUCAUUUGAUAAUUCAUUUGAG